GUUCUGGGUGUAUCUGGUGCUAAAUUACAGUUAAAAAACUAAUAUUAUCACAUUUCCAAGAAAUGUUUCUGCAAAUCUUUCAGCCACAUAAGGGCAUCAACAGUACAUAGAAUAUAUCCUCAAAUAGGCCUUCUUCAUGGCCUUUAUUUAUUUGUAAAACUCCAGGUAAUGCAGUCUUGUGUGACUGGGCCAGUGUGUAGACUUGUCAGGCGUUAUAGGGAUUGGAGGAGGCAUUGUGUGGGGGUUGGAGUGGGUGUGUGAAGGGGUGUGUGAGAGGUCUGGUCGUUACAGCUGCUGGGAAACGCUUAGCCACGUGACUUGUCACUGUUUCUAUUUGUGAGCCAGAGGCUCUGAAUGGUUUGUACUUGGGGUCACUGAUGUACAGGCAUUCAGACGUGUGCUCUUUAGGAGCAACACUUCAAAUGAAAAAGAAGCCACUCGUCUUGGAUAUUACUUCAAACCUUUGGGAUUGUUGCUCGCUCACACAUCUAAGAAGUUGUUGUUUGUGUUGUUGACACCUCAGAGGGAAAGACUAGUCUUAGAGAUCUCUGAGUGCAUUCACUACGAGGAUAUCCAGGAAUCAUUCUUUGCCUUGAAAAGAGAGAAGAUCGUUUAUAUAUCUUGAAGGUUCGGUGAGCAGCUGAGACGCAACUAGUCAACUCGAGCUGUAUGUGGUCUGCUGCGGCUGUUGCUGCUCUGGUGACCAAGACUUAGAAGAAUCCGAGAAGCUUCAGACAGCUCUUUCCAGGUUUGGCUACCAUCUGACUUCCAACGACUGCCAUAUCUACAGUUGCAGCCUUGCCCUUGCCAUUGCCAAGUUUGGGAUAGGAGUGAUACUUUAAAUCAACACACCCACUGCACACACACACUCAAACACACAACAGUAUAUACAGUUGAAGGGGCUCCCACUUUGGUCGCUGAACCUAGUUCCAGAAGCUUCCAGAGUUUUACCCAAGAUCUCCCAGCUGAUUGCAGAGGCCCCGACUCCCGGAUCUGGACUAUUUUGUUAUUGGGGCAGCAGUCAUGUUUCUGAAGGACAUUGGGCGGCAGCUACUGCGGGUAAAGGUGGUGGACUGCAGCGCCACCGAGUCGCGGCUGGCGCGAUGCCUCAACACCUUCGACCUGGUGGCACUCGGUGUGGGCAGCACGCUGGGCGCCGGCGUCUACGUGCUCGCUGGGGCGGUGGCGCGCGAGGACGCUGGUCCAGCCAUCAUACUCUCCUUCCUGAUUGCCGCGCUGGCGUCAGUCAUGGCCGGCCUGUGCUACGCCGAGUUUGGCGCGCGCGUGCCCAAGACGGGCUCGGCAUACCUGUAUAGCUAUGUGACGGUGGGCGAGCUCUGGGCCUUCAUCACGGGCUGGAACCUCAUCCUCUCCUACAUUAUUGGGACAUCUAGUGUUGCCCGAGCCUGGAGUGCUACGUUUGAUAGCCUGAUCGGCAAGCACAUUGAGAGCUUCUGCAUACAGUACAUGACUAUGAAUGUUCCAGGAGUACUUGCUAAGUAUCCAGACAUGUUCGCUGUCCUAAUCAUCCUCACUUUAACUGGCUUGCUUGCUUUUGGGGUCAAGGAGUCAGCCAUGGUCAACAAGGUGUUCACCUGCAUCAACGUACUGGUGCUGCUCUUUGUGGUCGUGUCGGGCCUGGUUAAAGGAACAUUGAAGAACUGGUCCCUUGAUCCUGAUGUGGUGCUCAAUCAGACAAAUGUGACAGUGACGCGAAAUGAGGUAGGUGCUGGAGGCUUCAUGCCCUUUGGGAUUAGUGGAGUUCUCUCUGGCGCUGCCACCUGCUUCUACGCGUUUGUGGGCUUCGACUGCAUCGCCACCACAGGUGAAGGAGGUAAAAACCCACAGCGUGCCAUCCCUAUCGGUAUCGUGGCCUCCCUGCUUAUCUGCUUCUUUGCUUACUUCGGCGUGUCCGCCGCCCUCACCAUGAUGAUGCCCUACUACCUGCUGGACACCAACAGCCCUCUGCCCGCAGCCUUUACGCAUGUCGAGUGGGGUGGUGCCACCUACGCAGUAGCCGUAGGUUCCCUGUGCGCCCUCUCCACCAGUCUUCUAGGCUCCAUGUUCCCAAUGCCCCGUGUGAUUUGGGCCAUGGCAGAGGAUGGGUUGCUCUUUAAGUUUUUGGCUAAAAUCAACCCCAAAUCCCAAACCCCUGUAGUCGCUACGCUAACAUCUGGAGUCGUGGCAGCGGUCAUGGCUUUCCUGUUUGAACUGAAGGACCUGGUGGACCUCAUGUCCAUUGGCACUCUGUUGGCAUACACACUGGUGGCAGCCUGUGUCCUGGUGCUUAGGUAUCAGCCGGACCAGCCCAGUGCGGUCUUGCCCUACCAGGCCGCCUCCCAGGAGGAGGCAGAGGCCGAGGCCGAGGAGAACAACUCCGGGUUCCUGCCCCUACAGCUACAGGAGAAAUUCUCGGUGCAGAACAUUCUCUUCCCGAAGAACACAGAACCGUCUCGCCUCUCCGGCUCUGUGGUUAACAUCUGCACCAGUCUACUAGGGCUGCUGGUGUGUGUGUUCUCUCCUCCCCCAGGAUUCUGUAUCUACUUUGGCUAUGGCAUUUGGAACAGCACAGAGGCUGCUCUGGCAAAGUCCAACAUGACCAACGACAUCACAAGCUUUAAGGACCUGAUGAACGGGCAUGCCAUGACUCUCGAGAAGGAGGCCUUUCUCUGUAAUGGCACUGACACUCCAGGGGAUGAAGAUAGUGAUCCUUAAAUGUGUCAGGUUGCAGAAUUGUAUCAUCCUGUCGGACUGGUAUGUUAUGUUAGGUAAACCUGAUUCAGGUACAGGAUCCACAGAUGAACCGCCAGGUUAAUCCACACCAUCAUACCAAGCCAACCUUGUUAGCUUUUGCUUUCCAAUCUCUGGUAAACACACUCAAUGUCAGAAUUCAAACUAACCAGAUCAAUUACGGAAACUCAAAAGGGACAUUUGCCAAGUAACCCACAAGUCAUCACAAUCUCUCCUGCUGGGAAUGGACAUUCUUAUUGUCAUCGAAGCUGAAAAGAUCCCAGGUUUCAGAGCCUAGGGUUCUCCAGCACAGUACAGAUUCACACGCUGGGACUUAGCAGACCAUCUAAGUAUAACUCACCUGUGCGACAACACAGAGCUGACCAGCAUUGUAGAACCAACAGGUGCACAGUUGAAAUGCACCCAUUUCAGGGACAACUGCUGCUCUAGAAUAGGUAUAAUGAUUAGCAUAGUUAAAGCAUAGUCCUGUAGAUUGAAAUUGAAAUACAUGCCAUUUUAACUGUAACAUUUGUAUUACAUAUAAUUUAUACAGAUAUUGUCACAAUUAAAGAUGCCCCUCCCUUCCCAGAUGCAUACAGCUUCUCCACCCUUUGAGGUUAGUCAGAAUGUUAGGCUUUUGUGCUAAGCCAACGUGACUAGGUACAGUUCAUUCAAACACAGUGUUGCCCCCUAAUGGUCAUAAUGAUUGACUGAAUGACAUUUGGAGCAUCCAGUGUAUUUUAUAGCGUUUCAGAAUUGUUGCCUGCAAUGGACCUGGUGCCUUACUGUCCUGUCCACUUUUAGUCAACACAGACCAUCACGGAGCAAAUUAGUUUUUCACUGUGGUUGUACAAAUGGCUGUUGUUACUUCACUGUGAUGAAAUUGUUACGAAUUUUACUUUCAAGUAUGUAUUGAGUAUUUCAACAACCGGGUGAGAAAAUGUAUACAAAACAUUUUAAACUGGUUGGUUCAGGCCAAGGAUGUUUUAUUCCAAGAUACAUACUUGAUUUCUACUUGCAGGAAAAAAAUAAUUUGUAUGAUGUUAUACACUUGUUGGUGCAAACUGAAGUUGGAGUACUAUUUGACAACUGUUACUUUGUUCUUGGAAGUAUACAUCUUGAAAAAUAGCCAUGAUCAUUGGUUUGGAAUGAUUUUACCUAGAACCAUGGUCCCAUUUUGAAAUGCAUAAAUUAAUCUUUUUGUCAAAUGUUGUAGCAGUAUUUCCAUGUGUGUCCAUCCCUUGAGAACAACUGUAUCAUACUUAGGGUUGCAAAAUUCCGGGAAUUUUCAAAGUUGGAAACUUUCCAUGGGAAUUAACGGGAAUAUAUGGGAAUUAACAGGAAUAAAUGGGAAUUAAUAGGAAUAA